AUGCACUUAACACAGUACAUUUAUAUUUUUAUUGUUGCUGCAAAGCGCACCCGAUUUGGCACAAUGGGGGGCAUGUUUGUAAACAAAAGUGCAACUGACUUAGGAAUCCUUGCGUCAACUGCUGCAAUCCAAGCAAUGGGUCUAAAACCAGAGAAGAUUGAUAGUGUUGUAUUUGGACAUGUCAUACCGGGAUCGUCACCCGAUGGAAGUUUCUUGGCAAGACAUAUUUUAUUGAAAUCAGCGAUUCCAUUAGAAAAGUUGGCAUUUGCUGUUAAUAGAUUGUGUGGUUCUGGAUUCCAAGCAAUUGUUAGCGGAGCUCAGAACAUUCUAGUGGGAGAAUCAAAGAUUAUCUCAACAGGUGGUGCGGAAAAUAUGAGUCAAGCUCCUUUUAGAGUGAGAAACAUUCGUUAUGGCACUGUCUUGGGCCAAAAAUAUGAAUUCGAGGACUUUAUCUGGACUGGAUUAUUCGACACCUACUGCAAUUUAUCCAUGGGUUUAACUGCGGAAAAACUCGGUGCUCAAUACAAAUUAAAGAGAGAAGAAGUUGAUCAAUUUGCUUUGAGUAAUCAGCAACGUUGGAAAGCUGAUUACUAUAUUACAACCAAUGACGCAGGUUAUUUUAAAGACGAAAUAACACCUGUGCAAGUAAAAAUUAAGAAACAAGAUACAACUAUUAGUGUAGAUGAGCAUCCACGUCCACAAUCGACAUUAGAGACACUCAGUAAAUUGAAACCAGUUUUCCAGAAAGAUGGAUUAAUCACAGCUGGUUCUGAAUCGGGUAUCUGCGACGGUGCAAGUGCUGUUAUUUUAGCUAGUAAAGAAGCUGUUAAGGCAGAAGGUUUGAAACCAUUAGCACGUUUAGUGGGAUAUAGCGUUGUCGGCGUAGAACCAAGUAUUAUGGGAAUUGGUCCUGCGCCAGCAGUCAAGAACUUGCUUAAAAUGACGGGCAAAACACUUGAUGAUAUAGAACUGGUCGAGAUCGUCGAGGAAUUUGGCGCUCAAACUUUAGCGUGUGCAAAGGAGCUUAAUCUGGAUCUAAAUAAACUGAAUGUAAACGGUGAUGCUAUUGCUGUAGGACACCCAUUGGCCGCUUCCGGUAGGAUCACUGCUCACUUGGUACAUGAAUUUAGAAGACGGAAGGCUAAAAAAUUCGGUAUCGGUUCCGCUUGCAUUGGUGGUGGCCAAGGUAUCGCUGUGAUGGUGGAAGCGCUAUAAUCAACUGAGAAAUAAAGCUACUUAAUUUUUUAAAGAUUUAAUAUUUUACUUAUUAUACUUAACAUUUUAACAUACAGCCAGAAUAACUGGAAAAUGAUAAGACUGAUAUUGUAAAAUAUAUAAAACUGAUAUUGUACAAUU